AUGUUGACUCGAACAUGCAGCGCAUUUCGGCGAAAUUGCUUUAUUCGUCGGCGUAGUGUUAGACUUGCCGUGUUUGGCGGUGCUGUGCGGAUGAACUCAUCCAGCACGACAGGUAGUUACGAUCAAGCACAGGGGAAAGAUUCCAAUAGCGCCUACACACCAGGGAGUAGUGUGUACGUUGAGCACCCUAUUGUGCAACUCCCUGCCCGAUCACUGUGGUGUAAACAGUACUCACUACCACCCGAACACGUUCGCCGUGGUGACUUUGCGGAUAUGAUCAAACGCGUACAUGCAGCACGGCAUUACUAUCAAUACCCAUCUCUCUGUGCUCCACAAAUUGGGUGGAAUGUGCAGAUGUUCACCCUCUUUGAUGGUACAGUCUUUAUCAAUCCUAUUAAUCUCGAUGCUUUGGAGGUUGAAGAAGCGGCGAAAAAGAGUGGGGUCUCCUUUAUAGAAGCAGAGGCACAAUGGUUAGCGAAACUUCGACGUGAAGGAAAAACAUGUUUUGCAUGGGAACCAUGUGCUAGUUGUUGUUUUCUAAUGCAUUAUAUUGAACGACCAAUAACCGUACGAGUGCGGGCUAUUGAUGCUGAUGGGCGUCCGUUUGAAGUUAUGCUUGAUAAAAUGCGGGCACGAAUGGCUCUUCAUGAAUUCGAUCAUCUUAAUGGUAUUCUUUUCACCCGACGUAUACCUGAUACAAACCAUGUAGUGCCAUUAGAGGGAUUUAGUACAAUGAGUGAUUGGUCAGAUGACUAUCCAUCACUGGAAGCUCGAAGUACAUACUUGUAUACCACCUUUACUCCACCCUAUACUUUUGUUACAGAUAAUGUAGAGGACGCACAGCUCCUUGAUCGUAAGUUUGAAGAUGGUAUUUAUCCAGGAUGUGAGCAUGAACGUCGUAUGCGUAUUGAAAGUGCCGCACUUGAGGAAUUACAACGAGAGCAAUGGCGGAUGGAAAAAACACGUGAUACAGAAGAUGAUCCAAGGCAAUGUAUGCGUGAAACUAAAGAGCAACAGACAGAAGAGAUGGAAGUGGAGAUGGAAGAGGAAGAGAUGAAAGUGGAGGAGAAUGUGGUGAAUGAAAGUGAAAGAAAGACGGGAUAA